CCGUCUGUCGCCUGUGUAUUUCCCGCCAUCUUCUCUUGUGAGUCUCGAAUCUCAACUCCAUGGUUUUCCUCCACCAGAUUUCUUCCCGUAAGAGACCGCCGACUACUGCCGGCGACGCUGCUCUUGGCGUCGCCUACGUCGCUCCGCCCAAAACCUCCUCUUCCUCUGCCAACAAAAUUAUCAACGCCGUCACCGCCAAAAGAAGAAGCAAAGCCAGCGGCAAAGAGAGAGAAAACGAAGAUUUUAUCCUCAUCGAGAAGAUGAUUUCACUACUUGCCGACACAGGUGUCACUCUCCACAACCCCGGUGGACCUCCAUGCCUUCCCACCGACCUUCACAAGCUCCGUCGUCUCCUCGACCAACGCUUCUCCUCCGACUCAUCUCUCCUAACCGAUUUUCUCUCUGGCUUCAACUCCUACACCUGCAAUCCCGAAAAUCUCCGAAGGGUUCUUAUAUCUGCAUCUCGUGAUGGUUCGUCUCGAAGCGAGAGCCUCGUUCGAGUUCUCUUACUGGUGGCGCCAUUACAGUUGAAGCUCCAGCAAAUGCUGCUCGAGAAGCUUCCGGAAUAUUUCGAUGUGGACAUUAGUUGUGCUGCCUCACUUGAGGAUGAUGUGCCCAGGCUUGUUCUCAAUCAAUUCCGGUGGCUUGAUUUCCUUGUCGAUUCAGAAGCUUUUACUGAUAAGUUGCUGGAAGUGCUUUCAAUCUGUCCUCUGCAGCUUAAGAAAGAGAUCAUUGGCUCUUUGCCAGAGAUUGUUGGAGACCAGAAUAACAAAAAGUUGGUUGCUGCUCUUGAACAGAUGCUGCAGGAGGAUUCUGCAGUCGUUGUUCCUGUGCUUGAUUCCUUCUCCAAUCUGCAUUUGGAUGAUCAGUUGCAAGAACAGGUGAUUACUAUAUCACUGUCUUGCAUUAGGAGCAUAGAUGCAGAACACAUGCCAUAUCUACUUAGAUUCUUGAUGCUUUCAGCAACACCAGGCAAUGUUAGGCGGAUAAUCUCGCAGAUCCGUGAACAGUUAAAAUUUGUAGGUGUGCCUGAUUCUCGUUCUGCUCUUGGCAAGAAACUUAAGGGAAAAGCACCUGUGGACAAUACAGAGGGUUUGAUUCUUGAGGCCCUGAGAUCAAGUCUCCGUUUCAAGAAUUUACUAUGUCAAGAAAUCCUGAAAGAACUGAAAUGCUUUGAUAAAGCAAAAGAUCACAAAGUCAUUGAUGUCUGGCUGCUUAUGCUUAUAUACACCGGUGGUGGUUCCCUGCAAAAGAGUGUUGUGAAGAUUAUCAAAACAAAAAUUAUUGAAGGUUGUUUCAAGGAGGCUCUGUUUGAUCAGUGCAUUGAUGGUCACAUGGAUUUAGUACAGGAUUACUUUCCCUCUUUCCUCUCUUGGUGUGAAUAUCUAUUGGCAUGCAAAGAACAAAUAGUGAGGGAGUAUGGCAUUCAUAUGUAUACAUCUCUCUUUGAAGAGUUCACGGACAACUAUUCAAGACAAGAAAUCCUAGGUGCUUUAGUUACCCAUGUUGGUUCUGGCAUUGGCUAUGAAGUGAGUUCUGCUCUGGACACCAUGGUUCUGCUGGCCGCAAAAUAUGCAGAAGAACUGAUUCCACUUUCAUCUUAUAUAAAUGGGAUAUUGGAUUACUUGGAGGGGUUUAAUAUUGAAAAACUGCACAAGGUCUACGAGGUCUUCAGCUAUUUGGUACUGUCAGCUAGAUCUUCUGCAGAUUCUGGCUCUUCCAUUGUAAAUGAACUUUUGAUGAUUAUUCGCAAGCAGGUCAGUAAUCCUGAUUUGAAGUAUAAGAAGAUGGGACUAAUUGGAACUCUGAAGAUAGUUUCCUGUCUUGGGAAUGCAGAUAACUCUAAUUGUCCAUCAUCUCAGAAAACCAAUUUUGAGGAUGCCCUGGAACUCCUGAAAGCAUCCAUGGACUCCUGCAAAUCACUGCCCUUGCCACUGAUCCUGUUUUAUGAUGAGCUGAUUGCACUACUGGAAAGUACACCUCUUCAGCCAGAAGUUAUGGAAUGGAUAGGCAAACAUGUUGGAGCAUUUGAGUCCAUGUUUUUAUCUGAUCUUGAGGGAGGGCAAUUGCCUGUGAAGGAUUCAUAUUGUGGUUUGGAAGGAGAAUUAUGGAUGAACUUAGAUGGUGAUCUAUCUCCAAUUUGUUUAAACAUCUUGCCGCUAGUCUCCUCUUCCAUCCAGUCUGCAUCAUGUAUACAAAUUCUUCCUGCUAACUUUCUCUUACUAUCUGUUGUUGAGAGAUUGACAAAUCAGGGAUCUCUUGGAGGGAUUGAUGCACUUCUUGGCUGCCCUUUUGUACUUCCUUCACCUAAGUAUUUUGGUGGACCUGGAUGGCAGUCGCUGACAGGAAAGCAGAAGCAGGCAGUGUGCCUAUCUCUUUACUAUGCCACUAGUUGGAUUAGGGAGCUGCUUAAUGCCUUCUCUUCACAAGUUGCUGGUAGAGUCAAUAGCACAAGUCAGACUACAAGAGAGGAAAUAAUUGCAAAAUUAUUGAAGCGCUUGAGGAACCUGGUUUUUCUCGAAAGUUUGUUGAAUACCUCCCUCAAGUCAUACCCUGUAAAUCUACCUGAACUGCACCUUUCUGUGGAGCAUCCUGAAUCGUCUUUCUUAAACAAGCGUAACCAUCAACAGAAUAUGGAAAAGAAAGUGUGUGAGAGAGAUUCAUCAAAUGACAAGAAAAAACAAAAAAAGAAAAUGAAGGCAACCGAGAAUUCUGAUCCUAAUGGAAAGCUUAGGCAGCCUACGAUUCUUGAUGUCUUGAGAAAAUCUGGAGCUGUAACUACUCAGCAAGUCCAGAGCGAGGGUUCAUCAAGUCUCUCACAUACGGAGAAGGCAUCUCAACGUGGAGAAUGUACCAAUGAAACUAAUGAGCCAGCAGUUGUAGAGAUUUCUGCAGUUGCGAAGGUUCUGAAUGUGCAGAGAUUCAAAUUCAGGCCUUUACUGGUUGACUGUUUGUCCAUCUUAUCCUUUGCAAAGAGCCAAGAUUCUUGCUGUGCAGAUCCUGCAGCUGAGUUACCCCUGCAUCUGUACCUUCUACAUGAUCUUCACUACAAGCUGGAUUAUUUGACAACUCCAAGCAAGCAAUUUCAACUUGGAGGCUUGAGGGCCCCAGCUGGUCUGAGCAGGAUUACAGGAAGUGAGUUUGUGAGCAAGAUUAGAGCACUAUUUCCAAGUCUCAGGAAACAUUUUGAUGCUGCACUUUCCAUCCUUAAGAAAGGAGCCGAAACUUGCCAAGAACAUUGGAGUACACAGUCUACUUCUGCUGGGAACCCAGAUAUACCUGAUUUGGAGGUUUCAAAUUCCUCAGUUGCUGGUUCAGUCUUUAGGGAAAUCCUUUGCUGCUUUAGUAAGAUCCUAAACCUUCCUGAUAUUCAGACAGAGAAAGCGGUCCUCUCUGAUCUUCUUGGGGCCUUCCAGCCUGUUGAAGUACCAGAUUGUCUUCUUUCAAGCAUCCAACCAAUCCCUUCACCUGGGAAUAUAGAUUACUUGUACUGUGGGGCUUAUUCUUUCCUUGAAGAUGUUCUAGAUAGUGAUCUUUCAUGCUCAUUUUCAAUUGCAUCAGAAGUUUUAGUUACCCUAGAAUCAAUUGUGACCUCAGUCCAGACAUUACUUGGUAAGUUGCUGGAAGGGAAGGGGAAACAGACACAUGUACAAUUUGUCCAGGGAGUCCUGCCUGCCUUUAGCAAGAGACUAGGAGGCUCUGCUCAAAAGCUGCUAAUGCAUCAGCAGGAAUAUGACAAUCUUGAUGGCUGGAGAAACAAAGGAGAAAUAAUUCAGAAAAUACUGCAAAUCUACUUGAAAAAUAGUGAGUCCACUUCUGAAACACUGGAUGAAAUUGCCUGCUCCAUCUUGCCUCAGGUGCCUUCCAACAAGGCUAAAACCACUCAAGAUAAUGUUCACAGUUUUCCCACACUCUGCCCCGCAACAUUUGUCAUAUGGUACAGGGUAUUGCAUGAAGAGAAUCUUGCUGUUCUACACAAGCUGGUGAAAGAAGUUGUUUUGCUGGAAAAACACAGAGCUGAUGUUCAACUUGAAACAGUAAAGGGGCUGUUGAUGAGAUUGCACCAAUCUGUGAAUGUGGUUGUAUCAUUGGUCAACGUAUGCAGAACUCAUGACAAGGUAACGGUCCAUGCCAUGGCAGUUAAGUAUGGUGGGAAGUUUGUUGAUUCUUUCCUCAAAGUUUUUGAUUUCCUGCAGACUCAUUUUCAAGCCCACAACGACACUAUAAUCCAACUGGUUAAAGAACUUCAGAAGGCAACAAGAACAAUACAAACCCUUUGUUCUGAGGCCAAGGGCUUAAAACAAACAACAAUCACAACCAAAAUUCCAGCUACUAAAAGGUCCUUGGAGCGCUUCUUGUUUCAAGUCAAGGCUCUCCUCCAUAACACAUCAAACGGAUGCUCUUUUUGGAUGGGCAAUCUAAAACACAAGGACUUGUCGGGUCAGGUUGUGAGCUCCCAGUUAUUUGCAGAUGAAGAUGAUGAUAAUGAUGAAGACGAACCAGAGCAUAUGGAAGCUGAUGUUGACAAUCAAGCUUCCAACAGCGAAGGGGAUGGAGAGGCUGAAUCAAGUGCAUAGAGUGAAGAAUGGAUUAGCUGAUUUUCUUUGAGAAGGAAGCAUAACAAGACACAAGAUCAGGAUUCCAGAAAACAUCAAUGUAAGUAGCCAAAUAGGUAUCACUCAUACACAAUUUUUAGAUUAAAAAGAGGAAUGAAGCCCAA